UAUUGAACCAAGUUGCGUAACUUGCAAAUGUAUACAGCAAAGAUGUAAAGUUGUUUGAAAUUUUCAAAAAGAGAAUCGAGGAAAGUUCCCACUCACUCUUGGUCAUCAUGUUUAGUGGCAUAACGAAGACAACGUAUUUAAAAUGCAAAUGAAAAAUGCUCUUGGCUAAUUUUAAAAUCUUAACGAAGCGAAUUAAUUGUCAUCGGGCUAACAUAAACUGGCAUAAUUAAGAAGAUUACAAGGAUCGUUUUCAAUCGUGCCUUUGAAACUGGGAGUUUUUGCAGAUUUUUUCUGUCAUUCGCGAGAAUAAAACGCGCGCAAUUAUUAUUAUUAUUAUUAUUCCUAUAUAUCGAUCGGUCAUUUCAUGUGUAACAAAUCUACGAUAACAAUUUCUUAACAAUGUUGGAUGUAAGCAAACGUUGAAUAACAACACGCGACGAUAUCGAGUUAAUUAUUACUGAAAAAUACGAGAAAAAGAGGAAAACGAGCUGGUAGAUAUGUUUGCAAAAUUUUAAAUUUUACAUACAAAUGCAUAUAGCGUAUGUCAGACUGGUUUGUAAUUUCCACGAAACGACUGACACAUCAAUUUUACGCGCUUCUUCGACGAGUUGUGUGCAUCAACGAGAAAUGUCAAAAAGAGAGACACUCGGUUUCGACAUUAUAAUAGCGCGGGCGAAUUUAAUACACGCUCGAAUAAUGAUUUUUCUAUCCCCCGACGCUAUCGGAAUGCGUUCCCGAUAUCACUCUCAGAUAUCUUAUAUCUGCGACCUUGAUGACUCGAGAGUCGAGUGUGAAAAUCAUUCCGAUCCAGAUCAGUAGCGAGUAAAAAGUCGCGCGCGAGAGAGACUCCCUCCUUGUUGUACGACAAAAAGAAGAGACCGGAAAAAUGUUCUCCGAAUACGCGCCUUUCGUGACGAAAUAUUUUUAUCACCUGUUAGUCGGCGUCAUUUCUCUCAUUCUGUUUAGCAAAAUUUUCGGGAGACCACAGAAGAGGCCCCUCGCUCCAGCAUCCGACGAAUCUACGGAUCCGAGUGAAAAGGUAGAUGAAGACUUGAUUGAAGAAGAAGAACCCGCCUUGCCAAAGGAUCUCAAGCACAUACCAUAUCGGUAUGUCCGGUUACCCAAAAAGGAAUCGCUGUCUCGGGCGUCAGAAUUUUAUCAAAUGGCAGCCGCCAGACGUACCUUAAGAUACUUUAGCGCGGAUCCCGUUCCGAAGGAAAUUAUCCACGAAAUUAUAAGGGCCGCAGGUACUGCUCCCAGCGGGGCGCACACAGAACCGUGGAGUUUCGUCGUGAUAUCCAAUCGGACCGUGAAAUCCAAAAUCAGAAGUAUCGUGGAGCAGGAGGAGGAGAUCAAUUAUAAGAAGAGGAUGGGCGUGAAAUGGACCACCGACUUGUCUCCGUUGAGGACCAACUGGAUAAAGGAGUAUCUCACCGUUGCCCCGUAUCUGAUACUCGUGUUCAAGCAAACCUACGGUAUUCUGCCGAAUGGAAAGAGGAAGGUCCAUUAUUAUCACGAGAUGAGCGUUUCUAUCGCGUGCGGGAUCCUCAUUACUGCCAUACAGUACGCCGGUUUGGUGACCCUUACGUCGACCCCGUUGAACUGUGGACCGGCUAUACGCAGUUUUCUUCAACGUCCACCGAACGAAAAGCUCGUAUUACUUCUGCCAGUCGGUUAUCCAGCUAAAGAUGCCACCGUACCUGAUUUGCAACGAAAACCUCUAUCCGAAAUUUUAAUCGAGAUCGAUUAAACGGAGACAGAUUCGUGAGACGCUGCUUUAAUAUUUCAUACUGGAUAUAAUCGGAGAUAAUAUAUAUUUCAUCUCCAUAUAUAUACAUAUAUAUGUAUACUUCGUUUACAUGGAUCGAAAGGAAUAUUUGAAAUAAGUCAAACAUCCAUUUAUGUUAGCACUAUUUUUAUGAAAAAAUGUUAUAUUUUUCGGAUUACUAACUUUUGUUUUAUAUCUUACAUAGCAAUUAUUUACUACACUAGUAAAAUGUAGUAUGUAUAUUCCUUAUAAAACAUCAUUGCCAAUAUUACAAAGUAAUCGUAACGUCCAAACAAAGAGCUAAUCCCUGAAAUGUAGCACCUGUUCGAGUCAUGUCGUUUGUGUUAAUCUCUCCCUCUCUUGUAAUUGAAAAUGUGUACAAUGGCACGUAUAAUAAGACUGCUCUAAACUUAAUAAUCCAGUUUGUAUAAACUAACGUUUUUAUUCCAAUUUGUAUACAUAAUAUUAAAAAUAAGCGAUACCAAUAUAUAAAUUUGAUCGAGUUUAAUCGAGGAGAGAAAAACUCAUGUAAUAAUGAGAAUUGGCAAAAAAAUUGGUUUAAGAAUGAGAUUAUAUAUAUAUAUAUAUAUAUAUGUAUAUGACAUUAGUUGUACAAUUAGGCGGUCGUAAAAAUUGUCAAAUUACGAAACGAAGUUUGAUAUCAACGAAUACCAAAUAUCACCACAGUUUCUUAAAAUUAAGUACAUUUAAUAUAUAAAAUAUAAAAAUACUGGGCUAAAUGUGACGAAGAACAUGUAGAAUUAUAAUCUUUCUGCGAGUGUGCUGCAAAGUCUGCGUAUGACAGCUAUGUCGCUAUUAUUAAUAUAGUUAUCUCGUUAAGUGUAAAAGCUUUAGAGUAUCAUGAUACAUACAGAGAAACAGAGAUAAUAUUCUAUUUUCGUUUAUCACUAUUCAUGGAACAAAUACUAUUAAUAUCAUGAUUUCCUAGAAUAAAUUUUUUCAUUUACCUUUAUCA